AUGGCGAACAGAGGCUACGAUGUCGUCGUAGAUGUCGAUCAAGAGGGCGACCUCGGCCAUACCGACCUCCAAGAGGACCUUGAAUUCCACAGCUCCAACUUCGAAACCCAACCCUCUGGCCGUGGCGCCCCCAAGAUCCAACCCGACUCGUCAUCCGCCUCCUUCCUCCCCGGCCCCGGCGGCUCCUCCUCCAACAACCCCACAUCGCGAAAGCACUAUCUCUGGUCGCUCAACUUUUACGCCCAAGCCUUCGACGUCGACACCGCCGAAGUCCUCCGCCGCUGCACCUCAACCAUCUACCCACGCGCCAACUUCCUCGAUGUGCUAGAAGGGAAUCCAGAUCUCUACGGCCCUGUAUGGAUCGCUACAACCGUCGUUGUCAUCUUGUUCUUGACGGGGACGAUUAGCCAAUAUUUGGCCAUGAAGGGCGAGGAGCACUUUGCGUAUGACUUCAAGCUGUUGAGUGGGGCAGCGGGACUGGUCUAUGGGUACACGGCCUUUGUGCCCGUGGGGCUUUGGGGUGUUCUGAAGUGGUAUGGGAGUGAGAGUGCGAAUCUGCUCGAGUGCUGUUGUUUGUAUGGAUAUGCGAACUUGGUUUGGAUUGCCGUCAGUCUGGUGGCAUGGAGUCCCUGGGGUAUUCUCAAUUUCACGGUUGUAGCCCUUGGUCUCGCGGCCUCUGCCUUCUUCCUCCUACGAAACCUUUACCCUGUGCUCAGCACUACUGAAGCCAAGACAAGCAAGAUCCUGCUCAUUGUCGUUUUCGUGCUACAUGCUGGUUUCGCCAUCGCCAUUAAGGUCCUGUUCUUCGCUGCGACAAGUCCGGUGGGACCGAACAAGGGUGCCGACAAGGAUGCUGGGAAGGGUGUGGCUGAUGGGGGCUCCGAGGGUAAAGGGGAUAUGUUGAGGAUGCUCAUGGGUUGA